ACUGUUAUUAGCUAACAGUUAGCUGCUCGGUUGGCUGUCUGCUAGCUAAAGACGUAAACAGUUUGCUACUGUGCUGUCGUUUAAUCUGCGUUUGAGACCUUAUUUAGUCGAAAUGUUCAGGUUAGCCAGCCAGAGGCAAGCUAAUUUUAGCCCCUGUAGCGCCUGUCUGUCCUCCUGUUGGUUGGCUGCUUCUUCAUGCUAACAGCUUGGCUGUCUGCUAACAUUAGCCGCCUUGAAAAUAUCUGGUGAUGUUAUCAGUGUUGCAUUAAUAUCAAAUUAGCCCGUCAGCCAGUUCACCAGACAGGAUUUAACGUUACUGCUCUGCAAUGGCUGGUUUUCUCGCUUUUUAUUGGAUCUCAAAGGUCAAACGUUUGUGCAUGUAGCUCGUUCAUAGAGACACCGUGUUCCUCUCUGGCUAACAAAUAACGACCUGGUGCAUGAUGUGAGGUGUGUAAAAGCCUUUUGACACCUGGAAGCGGCUGCUGAUAUGGUGGACCUGAGUCUGACCCUCAGGAGCCCCCAGUCUCACUUUUUAAUGAGAGCCUGGGGAAAAUGUUGCCACAGAUUAUGGAUCUAGGAUAUCAUCUUCCAUGAGAUUCCAGUUUCACAGCGCCUCAAUCAAACAGCUGUAAGAAACAUGGAGAGAGAAGCAGCUGAGAAGGAGGUGGAUGGCAUUACAGACGCUGAUGAAAAGAAGCCUGAUGGUGAUCCCACCUCAGUGACUGAGUCUACUCAGUCGGAGGCCAGACAGACUUAUGAUGAAUGUGGGCAGGAGGACGAAACAGCCUAUCUCAAAUCUCAGGACACCCCAAAUCCAGCUACUCCACAAGACUCUGGAAUUGGUGAAGCAGAGUAUUGUGGAUCUACAGAGGCCAAAGAGGAUACUGAGGAGGCUUCAGAUGGUUUUGAGCAAGAUGACACCGCAGAUCACGAGAACUCGCAUGUUAUAAAUCAAGAGGAGGAUGAAGCUGCAAAGGAGCAGCACAUGAAUGGGGAGUCUGGGUGGAGGAACGUAGGACCUGGACGGAGAUGCAAAUUGAAGACCGGUGGGUCAGUCUCAGAGCAGAGCGGUCAAAGUGCUUUUUCCUCCAUUCAAAAAGGCAAUGUUAUGUCAGGUGGUGGACGGCACAAGCAGACCCGCAGACGUAACCACCACCACCAUCAACAGACCCGAGGCCGCCGGCGAACGGGCAACCAGCUUGUCUUGGCUUUCAAGGAGAUGCUGUCAGAGUCUCUGAGCUUUUGGUGCAUCUCCUGCGUCCACAUGAUGAUUGAGAUUAUUGUCACAUUAACUCACAAUUGUGGAGUCGGCGUGGAGACUGGAGGGAUGAAACUAUACAACUUUGGGCAGCAGCUUCUUGUAAAGAUCACAGACAUUGCAGGAAUGAAGGCUGACGCUUGUCGGAUUCUGAAAUGGACGAAAUGCACAGGAGCAGACCUGGUGGAUAAAAUUGUUAGGUCGGUAAAGUGGGUAAAGACAGCUGCCUUAUCUUGUUUAAGACUUUUCUGCGCUAUUGUUAUUCUCGGCUCCCAGUGGGCAAAGGGUGCGUUGGUUCGCCUUGGCGGAGAGAGGGGAAAACGCUAUUGGACAGCUUUUCAAGAGUCAAGGUUUUGGAAAAGGGUGCUGUCCCUGCUGGAGAGAGUCCGAAGCAGGUUCAAGAGACGUGGCCAACUACCACCGUCCAGCCCUGACUCACCCGGCAGAGCAGGGAGGAGCCAGCCAGGCCAGGAGCUGGAGAGACUGCUGGCCUUGGCUGAGGUGCCAGAGGAUGAGCUCGACCCCUUUACAGUGCUUGGUGUGGAGGUGCACGCCACUGAGGCUGAACUGAAGAAGGCCUACAGACAGCUGGCUGUCCAGGUCCAUCCAGACAAGAAUAAACACCCACGAGCUGGAGAGGCGUUCAAAGUACUGAGGGCUGCCUGGGAUAUCGUCAGUAACCCAGAGACACGACGAGAGUAUGAGUUGAAGCGUAUGGCAGCGACAGAGCUCUCAAAGUCCAUGAAUGAGUUUCUCACCAAACUGCAGGAUGACCUGAAGGAAGCCAUGAACACCAUGAUGUGCACAAAGUGUGAAGGAAAACACAAGCGGUUUGAGAUGGAUCGUGAACCUGCUGAGGCCCGGUUCUGUGCUGAAUGCAAUCGUUGCCAUAGCGCCGAGGAGGGGGACCUGUGGGCUGAGUCCAGCAUGUUGGGCCUACGUAUCACAUACUUUGCCUGUAUGGAUGGCAAGGUGUAUGAUAUUACAGAGUGGGCUGGUUGCCAAAGAAUAGGCAUCUCUCCUGACACACACCGUGUGCCCUAUCACAUCUCUUUUGGUUCAAAGAACAACAGCAACUCCACACGACACAGGACGCCCUCAGAGCACGCCACAGGUCCCACCAACCCUGCAGAUCUGCAGGACUUCUUUAACCGCAUCUUCAAGGGAGGGCCUCCUAACGACAUGGCUGCCAACGGGGGCUUCUUCCCCUCAGGUCCACCCCAUCAUCACCCACCUGGUGCUGGAGCGCCACCGUUCUCCCCUCCCCCAAGCCAGACAGGUUUCUACAUGCCGGGGGGUCAACGGCCAGAGUCCAGCGAGACGUGGGCUGAAAGUGGCAAACCCCCCAGACGGAGGAAGAAGGUGCGCAAACCCUUCCAGAGGUGAAGCUUGUCGACCUCUCAGUGUAUCAACAUAGCAACACAGGGACACAAUAAAUAAUGGCCAUGUUUGUCUCUCGCCUGCCUGUUGGCAUGCCAAGAUCUGAACUGGAGAUUAUUAAUGUGGGUAUGGCUGCGAUCAGACCAGCCAGAGGAGAGAGAGAGAGGGAGAGACUGGAUCAUGAAGAACAAGUAUUGAAGGAGGGCUGAAGAGGUGGCAGUGAUGGUGCUUUACCUCUCAUUUCACCUUAAUUAUUUUUUUUUUGUUGGUCUUUAAGACGACUGUAGCCUUGGCAUUGAAAUCCUUAUUGGGAUGCUGUAAUGAAACGUUUUCCUCUCCUGCCAAAUCCUGCGAUGCAUGAUUUAUUCACCUGCAUUUUAACACUUCAGUUUUCUCACUUUUGUUGUUAAUGUUUUGUAUAAGGUUAGUUUGAGACGUUGGUUCCAGACAGAGUGACACUUGAAGAGAGGGUUCAUGUGAGUUAUGGAUCACUAUAAUUAACAUGAAGAAGAUAAGUAUCUGGGCAGCUGAACUGUGUCACUGGUUACUCAUGUUCGAUCUGCACCUUGCCCACCAUAUUUCAAGAAUGAACCGAAACCAGUUAAACCCAACACAUAUGAACGAAAUUUAUAAGACUUAUGCAGUAGCCACAUUUUUAUGGGCGAGAUGGCCCGAGAGAUUUUACAGUAACAUCAGAGGGUAGGGUGUGAAUCUCUGGUAGUGAGCCCACAGACAGCAAGAUUUCAGUACACAAACCUUAAUGAAAGUUCCACGCAGUCAACCUCUAGCAUUUGGGAUCCAUGGAGGUGACUAGCAUUUGUUAUUUUUCCUACUUAUUUGUUAUUAUAAACAAGAAAAUUGUCUUUUCGACUGGCAGUAUGCAAAAUUUAAUAUUAUCUGAAUCUUUCUAGAGCUGUGAAAUAACAAAUGUCUCUAGAAGUUCAAGUAAAUCCUUCCAAAGUUGUAUGAAUAUAUGGCAAUUUGUUCAGAUGUAUUCAUGCAAAAACUGAUGCUGACAUUUGUGUGGCAGCUACCAGAGAAUCACAUCCUGCAUUUAUUAACUGAGCCUGAGAGGUCAAAGUGAAGAUCUGGACCUGAGUAGGGAAAAUGAUUAAAGAGCCAUUAUUGUUUUGAGAUAUACUGAUUCAAACACAGUUACUCUGCCUGCUGUUUAUUGUCUCAGCUCCAGAUUGACGUUAUAAUUACACCGCAGGUUCAAAUCUAACAGCAGGAGUGAACUCAGUUGUGUUUCUAUAAUACUGAAUAGCAGCUGAGCUGCUUUGAGAAGGUCUCGAAAGAUUAAUAGUGACACCUUGACAUUUUGAAAUGUUGAUAUUUUUCUUCGGCAGGACCUCAUUUAUGUUUUUAAGACCACACAGAAUUGAUCUACACCACCCCCUGUCGAUUCACUGUGUAACCACACAAAAUGAAAACAGCAAAAGUGAUUUACAAAGCUUAUGAUUAACAGCUAUCAGAGUCUUACGUGUAAUAUGACUUCAGAAAUAUGAACUAGUUUACAAAUACUUACUUUAAUAUGAUCAUCACUGACGUUACAGUGAUUCCUGAAUAAGACAGCAGUUAAAAAAAAAACACAUUGCAUUUCCAACACAUACAAUAUGUUAAUGUCAUAUAGUUGAUUUGCAUAGUUAUUCAUGUGGCAAGUGGAAAAACAAAUGUUCCAGUCGGUUAAAUAUUAACACUAUUUUCAUGAUAGUUCUACUUCCUGUUAAGUGCCAUUUUAUGCCAGCGAUGUUGUUUCGGAUCUUAAGCCAUCUACAUCAGUGAUCUGCCAUGACUGUCACCCAGCUCAGGACACGUCUGUGAAGAAAAAAAUCUACCAUAAAAAAAAUAAACCUUCAAAAUAAUUGUACUACUCUGAGUGUCAAGAGAUUACAUCAGAUUUCCAGGUUAUUAGAUUUGAAAUUAUUUAUUUUUAUCGUCUUGUUUUAGUCUGCAGUGUCGUCUCAGUGGCUCCAUAAUCUGACUCUUUGGAGUCUUGUGCUAUAAACUGGUGUCAUCUUGUCCUCUGAUUAAUUUUGCUACCUGGAUGUGGUUCAGCUUUCAAAAUGUCAAGGUUGCAGAUUGUUAGAAAAUCCAAUCUAAAUCUAAAAAACUGAUUUCCUUUUGUUCCUGUAUGAAAUGCCAUGAUGGGGUCAGAAAAACGAUAAUGGGUUAAAUAUUGGGUUUUGUUUCUUGAUAUGGUUCUUGCAUAGAAAUAAUUUAAUUUCCCUCACAGAUUAAUUUAAGAAAACAGAGCUGUUAUUGUUUACACCUGAUAUGUGAAGACUGUGAGAAUGUAGUGAAAUGUGUGAUAAGGCGUUUGAUAAAGGCUAUUUUUUUAUAUUGACAGUUGAUGAUGAAAAGUACCAUGUUCAAUGUUUUUUUUUUGUUGUGUUAAUUUGCACACCCACCCCUGUAAUAACAUCAGAGGGAUUCUGAACAGUCAUCAGUGAUUUAGCCUAACCAGACUCCUCCAGCUGCAGCUGAGUAGGAGGUGUAGCUCGCUAAGCUAACAGCUCAUUUGCAAAUUAAGAUCUUUUUUUUUGGUGUAGAAUCUGAAUGUUAAAUGAGUGACAAAUUUUUGAAGAACAUUUGAAUUGUACGACCCAUCACACUCUGGUUACCACCCAGCAUCAGAACUACUUUCUGGCAUAAUUGUAACUCAUAAUGUGGGUUUGUCUGGUAGCCUGAAGACAAAGAUGUUGAAAAUGUUGUUCGAGCUCAUUGAAGCAGGAGAUUAAGUUUGCCAUGUUUCUUUUCAUGUGUCAAAUUGUUUGUCUUUUAUAUACGUUUGACCAGUUUCCCAGACAUGGAUUCAGUUGUCAUCAAUUAAAACAGCUCUUUUAAAUGAAAUCCAACUUAAAAUGUAAAAAUAGUCCUUGAGUUGUUUGAUUAUGGUGAAAGCAAUUUGAUAGCAUAAAGGAAGGUUACAGCUAAACCAGAUCUACGAGGGCUUAAAUUAUUUUUUCAGUUGGGCAGGGUUAAAUUUUACAGAAGCGUGAUGCAGUCACCUGAAAAAUAAAAUCUCUAUUUUUCUGAAUUAUCUCAGAAUUCUGAGCAAAAUUUCAUGGGAAAAAAUACAUUUGCCUUGUUUUUCUAAAUGAAUGAGAAUCGUAAGUUUUUGUUUUUCUGACAUAAAAAGAUUAUCUAAUUAAUUCAGAAAAAGAAGCAGAUUUUUUUCUGUUAAAACUUUACUUAUAGGUUUGAGAUAAUGGUCUCAUUAAUUCAGAAAAAUGACAAAUAUUUCUUCCCCCCGAUAAAAACUUUUCUAAUGAGUCUGAGAUAAAAAAAAAAAAACGAGCAGAUUAUGACACUUACAAGAAAGGUUUUCCUUUAAAAAAAAUCUGCUGUUUUUUGUUAAUUCAGAAAGAUGAACAUUUCUGAAAAGAAUUUUCCUCCCCAUGAAAAAUUUUCUAAUUUUUGACACAUUGAUCUCCUUGAUUCAGAAAAACAGAUUUUUUUUUUUUCUCAAAUAAAUGCGUUGUGCUAUUGUAACAUUCAUUCUGUUACUGUGUGAUAAUCAGAAAGAAAUCAACCAAAAUAAAUUUGAAAAUAUUUCAUUCACAAAUUUGGUUAAAUUGCUCCAGAUUUUUUUUCCGACAACAUGCAAUUUUUCAUCUUGCAUACUCAUUUAGACCUCGAUUAUGGGUUCAUAUCCACAUUUUCAGAUUUUUAGAUCAAAAUCGAUUGUCAAAUAAUCUGUCUUUAUCUGGGAAACUGGAUCCACAGCUGAAUCCACGUUGAGCAGAGUGCGUUGUUAUCCACAUGUCCACCUUGACUUGAGAAUGUACAGUCCUGUAUGUUUAAAGGUAGCAGGUCGAAGUCCAAGAGGUCAAUGAAAGAGCCAACAAUUCAGAUUUUUUUUUCUUCCUUUUCCAAGUUUUUAACAGAAUAUGCAGAAGUAUUGCAAAAAAUAUCUGACAAUCAUCAGGGUUUUUUUGUAGGGAAUUGUAAGGCGAGUUCCCUGGCUGGCAAACAGUUUUAAAAUAUCACUGUUGGGUUUCUUUCCCCCGCUUUCUCUGGUUUUCAGAAUAAAGAUGAUUUCCUAUAUGCA